AAACAUGGCUUCAAAUUGCGUUUACGUCGACUUGUAGAUCCGUCAAAAAACAAACUUAACCCUAUCUAGUGGAAAAUUGUGAUAUUCUAACCUAGACAAAGUGAAUUUUUGAAAUUAGUGUAUCGAAAGUGUAAAUCUUUUUUCCUUUUUACUUAAUUUGAAGCCAAUUUAACUUCUUUUCGUUUUAAUUCAGUACAAAAUGGCGGCUGACCGUGCUCUUCAAAGAGCAGUUUGUAACUAAGUUACAUUUUAAUUAUUUUAUUUGAAAAUUAUACUUAUUUUAACGUUAUGAAAACGUUUAGGAAUGUUUAUAGUGCUUAAUGAAUUAAUUUUAAACUCGGUUUUCUGCCAUAAAACACUAGAAAAUACUAAGUUUCAGUUGGAAAAUGCCAGAAAUGGGAGAUGUGUCGGACUCGGAUAAUUCAGAAUCAGGCUCAGAAAACGGCAGUAAAAGCGACUCGUCCAGCAAUAAUUCAGGGAGUGGAUCGGGAUCCUCAUCUACUGACGGUUCGGAAAGCGGUGGCGAGAAUGUUGAAAACGGUUCUUGCCACAAGGGAGACGAAAACGAACAUAGCCCAGACACAAAUCCAUCUAACCCAGCUAGUCCGGACGCGAGGCACGACACAUCAAAGGAGUCAGAAAAAAGUUCCGACUCUUGUACUAUCCGAAGAUCUAUAAGGACGCGAAGGGAACCCGAAAGACUUCAAAGUAGAGAUAGUGACCGAACUAGUAGUGAUAAAACCAGCGGUAGCAAAAGUGAUGAGUGGAAGUACAAUGACGCGAGUUCUUCAGAAUCGGAAGAGGAGAAAGAGAAGCCGCCGCCCAGCAAGCGGAUGGGCGUCAGAACUCGAGCCCCUGUGAUAAAAAGGAAGCUCGUCAAGAGGAAAAAACGGAAUAAAUACAGUUCCGAUGAGGAAGAAACGAGCGACGAGGACAGCGACGACGAAAGCAGAAGGGCCGUGUCUCGGAGGAAAGCAACGACUGUAAGCUACAAGGAAGAUAGUGAAGAAAAGACAGAUUCUGAAGAUUUAUUAGAAGUAGAAAACGAACAAGUUGAGCCUGUUCCUGAAGAAAAAUUCGAAACGAUCGAGAAGGUUUUAGCAGCCAGACGAGGGAAAAAAGGAGUUACUGGUAAUAUCACUACUAUUUAUUACGUGGAAGAAAACGGCGACCCCAAUGCAAAUAUAAACGAAAAAGAUAGCGAGAAUUGCGAAGAUCAGUAUUUGAUAAAAUGGAAAGAUUGGGCUCACAUACACAACACGUGGGAAUCCGAGCGCAGCCUGAAAGAGCAAAAAGUUAAGGGGAUUAAGAAGCUCGAUAAUUACAUUAAAAAAGAAUUGGAAAUUCAGCAGUGGUUGAAAUAUUCAACGCCCGAGGACGUCGAAUAUUACGAAUGUCAAAUGGAACUAACUCAGGAUCUUAUGAAAAGUUAUAACGAAGUCGAUAGGAUCAUAGUAGCUAAAUACAACAAACCAGAUGGCGGAACGGACUAUUACAUUAAAUGGCAAAGUCUUCCCUACGCCGAAUCGACGUGGGAAGAUUCUGGCCUUAUACGAAGGAAAUGGCCGGAGAAAAUUAGCGAAUUCGAAACGCGGGAACAGUCGAGUAUGACCCCAACUAGGCAUUGCAAAGUACUUAAAUACCGACCUAAAUUUCACGAAGUGAAAACCCAGCCGGAAUAUAUGAUGGGGAAAGAUAAGAAUUUAAUAUUGAGGGAUUACCAGAUACACGGCCUGAAUUGGAUGAUUCACUCCUGGACCAAGGAGAACUCGGUCAUCCUUGCGGACGAAAUGGGACUUGGUAAAACUAUUCAGACAAUAUGCUUUCUAUACUAUCUCUUCAAUACGCACCACCUUUACGGGCCGUUCUUGUGCGUUGUGCCGCUUUCUACAAUGACUUCGUGGCAACGGGAGUUUUCCCAAUGGGCUCCGGACUUGAACUUUGUUACUUACUUAGGAGACGUCCAGUCGAGAGAUACGAUUCGACAAUUUGAAUGGUGCUUUGAGGGAUCGAAGCGUUUAAAAUUUAAUGCUGUUCUUACUACUUACGAGAUCGUUUUGAAAGAUAAAGCAUUUCUUGGUAGUUUAAAUUGGGCUGUUCUUUUAGUUGACGAAGCUCAUAGAUUAAAAAACGAUGAUUCUUUACUUUAUAAGGCUUUAAUGGAGUUCGACACAAACCAUAGGUUACUUAUUACGGGUACACCUUUACAAAAUAGUUUAAAAGAAUUGUGGGCUCUUCUACAUUUCAUCAUGCCGGAAAAAUUUAAUCAUUGGGAGGAGUUCGAAAAGGAACACGAAAACGCCUCAACGAAGGGUUACGGGAAACUCCACAAGCAACUCGAACCAUUUAUUCUUAGAAGGGUCAAAAAGGACGUAGAAAAAUCGCUACCGGCUAAAGUAGAGCAAAUCCUACGAGUCGAAAUGACGUCGAUUCAAAAACAAUAUUACAAGUGGAUAUUGACAAAAAAUUACAACGCAUUGAGGCGAGGCGUAAAAGGCUCUACCACAACAUUCUUGAACAUCGUCAUCGAGUUAAAGAAAUGCUGCAACCACUCCUAUUUAAUCAAACCAACCGAUCACGAAAUCCACAAUACUCAGCAAGACCAACUGCAAAAGUUGCUAAGAGGCUCCGGAAAACUAGUUCUUUUAGAUAAAUUGUUAAUUAGAUUGCGCGGUACAGGUCACAGGGUUCUUAUAUUUUCGCAAAUGGUCCGGAUGCUCGACAUUCUCGCCGAGUACCUGCAACUGAGGCACUUCCCGUUCCAACGGCUCGACGGCGGCAUCAAAGGCGAACUGAGGCGGCAGGCGUUGGACCAUUUCAACGCGGAAGGUUCGCAGGAUUUCUGUUUCCUCUUGUCGACGCGAGCCGGCGGCUUAGGUAUUAAUUUGGCUACGGCGGAUACUGUGAUAAUCUUCGAUUCCGAUUGGAACCCCCAAAACGAUCUUCAGGCGCAAGCCAGAGCGCACCGAAUCGGGCAGAAAAAUCAAGUCAACAUUUACAGGUUGGUAACGGCGCGAUCUGUUGAGGAAGAAAUCGUGGAACGCGCCAAACAAAAAAUGGUACUCGACCAUUUGGUUAUUCAAAGAAUGGACACCACUGGCCGGACAGUCCUCGAUAAAAAAGGCUCCUCGAACAACACCCCCUUCAACAAAGAAGACUUAACUGCUAUCUUGAAGUUCGGCGCCGAGGAAUUGUUCAAAGACGAAGAAGAAGAUGAAGAACCUAACUGUGAUAUUGAUGAAAUCCUCCGGCGCGCAGAGACCAGGGACGACGCCCCCGCCAUGGCGGGCGACGAGCUCCUCUCGGCCUUCAAGGUGGCCAGUUUCGCCGCUUUCGACGAGGACGCCGAACCGUCGCCGGUAAACCACACGGCGGACGAGGAAAGCAAAGACUGGGACGAAAUUAUUCCGGAGAGGCUCCGCAAGAAGGUCGAGGAAGAGGAGAAGAACAAGGAAAUGGAAGAUCUGUACCUGCCGCCGCGUAGCAGGAAGACCCUCCAGCAAAUCAAUCAAUCCGAGAGCGACGGCGAAGAGGGCAAAGGCAGGAAAAAAGCGAAAAAAGAUGGCGAAGAAUCGGCCGGCUCGACGGGCGAGGAAUCCGACGAAGAACGACCGAAGAAACGCGGUAGAACAUCCACAAAAGAAAAAAUCAAGAAUUUCACCGACGCCGAGAUCAGGAGGUUCGUGAAGAGCUACAAGAAAUUCAGCGCGCCUUUGAAGAGACUGGAAGCCGUCGCGUGCGAUGCCGAGCUGCAGGAAAAACCGCUCGCGGAGUUGAAGAAAUUGGGCGAAAUGCUCCACGACAGGUGCAGAACGUUCAUGAACGAACAGGCCAAGGAAAACACCGAAUCCAACACGCAAGACGAGCAAAAAGGCCGCAAGCGCGGCACUUCGUUCAAAUUGGGCGGCGUAUCGGUGAACGCGAAGACCAUGUUGGCCUGCGAAGAAGAGCUACAACCGCUCGACGAGGUGAUACCCCCCGAGCCGGAGGAACGGAACAAAUGGUCCUUCGACGCGAAGACGAAAUCCGCGCACUUCGACGUCGAAUGGGGCGCCAAAGAGGACACGAAACUGCUGAAAGGCAUAUACAUAUACGGUUUGGGUUCGUGGGAGCAAAUCAAGCUGGAUCCGUUGCUGAGCAUCGGCGAUAAAAUCUUCCUCAACAACGAAGACAAGAAGCCGCAGGGUAAGCACUUGCAAUCGAGGGCCGAGUAUCUACUUAAGGUGAUGAAGAAGCAACUGGACCAGAAGAAGGGCGUGCAGAAGCCGAAGCGCCAGAGGAAGCGGGAUACUAAAGUUUUGACGAAAGAGAUCAUCGAAGACGACGCCAGUUCGAACGACGGAUCGACUAUGCAGUCCGCGGCGGCGUCGAAGAAAGCGGCGAAAGCCCAGUUGAAGAGAGAAAAGGAGGAGAAAGACGAUGCUUUGGCCGAAAAGAAGGAGAAGAAAAAGGAAAAGAAGAAGGAGAAGAAAUCGUCGGGUCCUAUGCAUUUUUCCACGAACGAACCGAUCGCUUUGAACAUAUUGGGCGGUUUGGAUCCAACGAAAUUCAACGAAUGCAAGGAAAAAAUGCGACCUGUAAAGAAGGCGUUGAAAGCUUUAGAUAAUCCUGACCAAUCGAUGACGGAAGCUGAGCAAGUACAGCACACUAGAGACUGCCUGUUGAAAAUCGGAGAACAAAUUAACAUGUGUUUAAAGCAAUAUUCGGACCCAGAAAAAAUUAAAGAAUGGAGAAGCAAUCUAUGGUACUUUGUCUCAAAAUUUACCGAAUACGAUGCCAAGAAAUUAUAUAAGUUAUAUAAAAAAGCUUGCAAGAAAAACGAAAAAGGCGAUAAAAAAGAUAAAGAUGAAGGUGCUUCAACGAGUACCGAACAGGUGAGAACCAAAACAUCCAAAGCCGAAGCCAAAGAAAUCAAAGAGCACAAAAGGAAGCACGAAAGCGAUGCCGAAAAGGAAGAUACAAAGAAGCAUCACAGCGAAAGCAGGAAGGAGCGAAGGGAGAAAACUGAGAAAGAGCGAAAGAGGCCUAGAGAGGAAACUAGCGAGGAUGAUGAAUAUCGUUUUAGUAGACAUAGGAAACCUGGUAGUUCGCAGAAAUCGUUUCGACAUGAACAAGCGCACUCCGAGAUGGAAAGGUGGAACGCCCAGCAACGAGACAGAUUCGCGGGGGACCACAAAAGGUCCGAGUACCACAGACCGCCUAGUUUCCAACGGGAACGGGAUUACCAACGUCUCGAAAAAAGGUCUCCGGAGAAGAUUGACUGGAGGCAAUAUCCUAGAGGUAGAGAAAUGAUGCCAAUUAUGCCAAAUCAGCCGUUUUUGUAUCCAGGAUUUUCCCAAACGGGGCCCAUGUACCAGCAUGAUCAGCCAUUUCCUAGAGAGAGGUUUUUAGGAGACUGGAGGCCCCCCGAUCGAAGUAGACGAUACGAUAGAUACCAGCAAUAGUUUCUUUUUUCUUUUUUAGUUAAAAAGUACAUGUUCAAAUGUGCAUUGUAAAAGUUACUUGGUAACGUCUGAGAAAUUAUCGAGAAGAUUAUUUUAUUCUUUAUAUACUUUGCGGAAUGGACGUGAAUAGGUGAUUGUCCUUCACAAUUGAAUGGGAUGCUCCAUCAAAUUUUUAGUCAUUUUUUUUUAUUUUAUUGAAGAAAACAUGCAAACGGUUUUGUUGUCCGGAUGAAGCACCCUAUUUAAAUUAGUCUAUUUAUUAGUUUUUGAUUUGCAUUUCGCUCAAUAAUUUCUCACGAAAAUUGCAUUUUUGAUUACCAAAUGUUUUGUAAUUAAUUUAAUUGUACAUUUUUAUUGUAUUGAGGAGGCCGCAUGUAUGUUAAUAAAAAUAUUUGUAUAAGCAGGCCCGUCAUCUCAUCUGUAAAAAAAUUAAUGUACAUACGGAUAGAUAAAUAUGUUUUGAUAUAAUUUGAC